CAGUUUUAAUUUUUGUAAACAAAUAACCACCAACACCAAAAACACAAAAGAAGUUGAUUAUUUUCAUUUUGGAAGAAAAUCGUCUUUAAUUUUCUUCUACCACACAAAUGACAACGGACGAAAGAAACUUCCGUUCCAGCUACUAUGAAAAAGUUGGAUGUAACAGUGUGGAAGAAAAGAAAUCCCUUAAUAUUCUUCUAAAAGACCACACUCUCACCCGACUGAAACUUCAACAAUUCUGUUUAAGUUUCACAGUUCCAACAAAUCAAAGAACUUUGGUUUGGAACAUCAUACUAGGAAUCCUUCCAUUGCCUGUUCAUCAAAAUGCCACAAGCUAUGUUAUGGAACAAAGAACAGCCGUCUAUACGGAUGUCCUUAGAGCUGUUACAAUUAUGAGAUAUAUUGACGAGAAUACACCAAAAUGCAAAGUUCUCUAUGCAAUGUGGUUACUCGAAAAUAAAAAACUGCAUCCGGAUACGAAUAUAAACGAAGAUAAUCAUUUCGUUGAAAUAGCCAAGGUCCUGUUGCGAAUGUUUGAAAAUGAUGUCGAUGUUUAUUGGAUAGCCAAAGAGUUCUAUGAGUUGACUAAGGUUAUCAAAGCGGAACUGCCCAAACUCAAAGAACUUACUCAAACUAUUCUGAAACGAGAAGACAAUCUUCUCUAUAACCAUCUUGACAGUCAUCAAUUCUUUAAGAGCCAAAUCAUCGAAGAAUGGUAUGGAACCUGCUUUGCCGGCAUUAUAAACGAAGUAGCCCUCGUCAAAGUGUGGGACAAAAUCUGUGGCGGAUCUAAAAAAAUAUUAAUUUUCAUAUUGCUAGAACUGCUGAAAACCGAAACAUUUCGAAGUGCCUUAUUGCAGUGUAAAACAGUUGACACAAUGAAGAAAUCGAUUGAAAAAGCCAGAGACCAGGACGUCUCUAGUGUUCUCAACAAAGCAGUCAAAUCAUGGAAAUCUUGUAAUACAAUUCAUAACGAAAUAAAUAUUCAUUAGUGUUUUUGGUUCAAAUUA